AUGCCAUCCAGACUAGCCGAUGCUUUUCGAGCCCAUCCGGUACACCUCCAGCCAAAGCACCUCCAUGACUUCACCUCCCUAAAAGAGCUCCCGGACUCCUACAAAUGGGCCUCCGACGAGGACCAAUACCGAGCCCAGCCCGACCCGGCCCACCACGAGCCGGUGCCCGUGGUCGACCUCUCCGACCCGAACGCCCUCGAGGAAAUCGGCCAUGCAUGCAGACGGUGGGGAGUGUUUCAAGUCGUCAACCAUGGAGUCCCCACCACCGUCCUCGACCGCAUGGAGAACGUCGCUAAGAGCUUCUUCAGCCUGCCAGCUCAGCAGAAGCUCAAGGCGGCACGUUCCCCCGACGGGAUCUCCGGCUACGGCUUGGCCCGGAUCUCCUCCUUCUUCCCCAAGCUCAUGUGGUCGGAAGGGUUCACCAUGGUUGGCUCCCCAUUGGAGCAUUUCCGGAGAGUUUGGCCACAUGAUUACACCCAACUCUGGUACCACUCUUUCUUCCAUAUCUCGUGUUUUAAGCUGAUUUUACGCUAG